UGAGUAAAAAAAUAAAAAAUCGCUCCCUGGAAACUAAUGCAGUAAAUAAAGGGCAGGAGAACAAACUGGCGCUAAAAUCAGAAAAAGACAAAGACGGACAAGACAGGCGUUAAUGGUGCAAACCCAGCUGAAAACCAAACCCCGUCGUAUUCUGCUGAAGUUGAACUCGAAGGAAAUGAAGUGAACCCCUGGCCAUGUUUAUGCACUAUUAUGCAGUGUAAGCUGUUUGCCUAGGGAAACCAAACUAGCAGCUUAUAAAUAUCGACAUCAACCCUUCGCAAGCAUGUAGAGGUUGAAAACCUUUGAAAUCAUUGAUGUUGACUAAUUGGAGAGAAAGGAAUGGACAGAAUAAUUGAAAAGACUAACACUGGCUUCCUGGCCCCUGGUCUGUGAAACUUUUUGCAGAGGAGGGAUUCACUCAUUCAUGGAAGGAUAAUUGAAGCUAAUCUUCCUGCUUAUAAUAUCUGUGACCUGUUGCUUGAGUGACACUGACAUUGAGAUGUUCCACAAGAGACUUGCAUAUUGAGGAACAAGGAACUGGAGAAAAACAUCGCUUUUUUUUUUUUUUUUUUUUCCUCGCUUUGGACACUGAGAAAGCUGUGGGAAGGACAACUUGCAACUUGUUUUUGCAAGCCCAUUAAGAUAAAGUAUUAUCUCCACUGUUGUUUGUCACUCACUGUUUGGAAGAGAGAAUAUAAAAUUCAUGAGUACAGCCAGAAUGGAGAAUCCAGUGAUUCUGGGACUGUCGAAUCAAAAUGGCCAAAUGCGAGGCUCGGUGAAGCCAGCAGGUGGUCCAGGUGGAGGGGGGUCUCAAACAACGCAGCCAGCCCAGGUGAAACCCUCCAGCACAGUCAACAAUGGCAACUCCCAGCCUGCACCCACAGCCAACACUAUCAUCAAGCCUGGGGAUGACUGGAAGAAGAAUCUAAAGCUUCCUCCGAAGGAUUUGCGCAUGAGAACUUCAGAUGUGACGGCAACCAAGGGAAACGAGUUUGAGGAUUACUGCCUGAAACGGGAACUGCUUAUGGGCAUCUUUGAAAUGGGCUGGGAGAAACCGUCACCUAUACAGGAGGAGAGCAUUCCCAUUGCGUUGUCUGGGAGGGACAUUCUGGCCAGAGCUAAGAACGGCACAGGAAAAAGUGGCGCCUACCUCAUUCCCUUACUUGAACGCAUUGACCUGAAGAAAGACAGCAUACAAGCAUUGGUUAUUGUGCCCACUAGAGAACUGGCUUUACAAGUGAGCCAGAUAUGUAUUCAGGUCAGCAAACACAUGGGCGGGGUCAAGGUCAUGGCAACUACAGGUGGAACCAAUCUCCGUGAUGACAUUUUGAGACUUGACGAAACAGUGCAUGUUGUCAUUGCCACUCCAGGAAGAAUUUUAGACCUCAUCAAAAAGGGAGUGGCCAAAGUCAAUCAAGUACAGAUGAUCGUGUUGGAUGAGGCAGAUAAGCUCCUGUCACAGGACUUUGUACAGAUGAUGGAGGAGCUUCUGAGCUAUUUGCCCAAACAAAGGCAAAUUUUGCUGUACUCUGCCACCUUCCCGCUGAGUGUGCAGAAGUUCAUGAACUCCCAUCUGCAGAAGCCCUAUGAGAUAAACCUGAUGGAGGAGCUGACCCUGAAGGGGGUUACUCAGUAUUACGCCUAUGUAACUGAAAGGCAGAAAGUCCAUUGCCUUAAUACUCUGUUCUCCAGGCUCCAGAUCAAUCAGUCUAUAAUCUUCUGCAAUUCAUCACAGCGAGUGGAGCUCCUAGCAAAGAAGAUCUCUCAGCUUGGAUACUCCUGUUUCUACAUUCAUGCCAAGAUGAGACAGGAACACAGAAACCGUGUGUUCCAUGAUUUCAGAAAUGGCUUAUGUCGAAAUCUUGUCUGCACUGAUCUCUUCACAAGAGGAAUUGAUAUACAAGCUGUGAAUGUGGUGAUCAACUUUGAUUUCCCCAAACUUGGGGAGACAUACCUCCAUCGCAUUGGCAGGUCUGGCCGAUUUGGACACUUGGGUCUCGCCAUUAACUUGAUCACUUACGAUGACCGCUUUAACCUGAAAGGUAUUGAAGAACAGCUGGGUACUGAAAUCAAGCCCAUUCCCAGCAGUAUUGAUAAGAGUCUAUAUGUGGCCGAGUACCACAGUGAGAGUGGAGAGGAGGUUAAACUGUGAGCAGGAGAGAUCACCAAUCCUUUGUCCCCUAUCCUCCACCUCUGUUUUUUUCCUUCCCUACUGUGUCUAGGGAAUAGGGGAUUAUAAUUUCUUUUUUUUUUUUUUUAAACUAUAUCUUCCGCCUGUCUUCCUUUUUCCCCCACUUUUUUUUUUCUUGCUUGUCUGGUGCCACCACAAGGAAUGUGAUGUUGCGACGGCCCAAUAAUCGGGACGGACUCAUGGCCUAAUUAAGGACUGCUGCACCGAUAUCUUCAUCCUGAAGACUUCAAAUCACUUGAGGAGGGAAAGAGGGGACAUGAGGAUUUAUCACCCAAGAAAAAAAAUGGCUACUCACCGCCUGCAAGCACACUCUCACCCCACUCUCUCUCUGUUCCUCUGCUCAUCUUCAUGUUUCUAGUCAUUUGAAACAAGUGCCUUAACAAGCAGUCUAACUUGUUCAAAAAGUAAUAACCUGAUGAUUUUGUUUUUUUCCCCUCCCCUCAUAACUCAUUUGAAGACAUGGUCUUGAUCUUUCUCUGGCUUUUGGCAUUGCUUGUCUGCCCCCUCCAUCAGAAGAAUAAUUUUGCAUUUGCCACCUGUAGAUUUUUGGGGCGAUGAAGAACAGGAUUUCACAGCGGGAGAGAGGAUGGGGCGGCAUGUGUGAUUUGUGCAGUCUCUGGCGUACUUGACUAUGGUGUGAAGAGAAGCCCCCUGGAGAACUGAGAUGAUAUCAGUGGGCAUAAUGACAAUGAUGGGGCUAAUGUUCCUGUGGCAAGCUUUCAAAAGUCCCACAAGGCUCCCAAUGGCUUUUUUCCUUCAUCUGCUCAUGGAACGUACCAUGCCUCUAGAGACCCAUAACUCUUUCCCCCUCUGUCUUCAGUGGGCCAACACUAAGAGACUUGACCAGACUCAGACCAGCCUUUCUCCUUGGCCAUGAGGACUCCUGCUUUGAGACGAAUGUGGACUACUUUAUCUUUUUUUUUUUUUUUUUUUUCUUUCCCCUCCCCUUUCCUCCUGAUUCCAGUGCAGUUUUGCAUUGUUAUUGGGUAGGCACUCUGUCCUAAAUGUGCCAUUUAUAUAGAUCUGGCACAUUGCAAACAUUUUGUAAAUACUUCAUAUAUAUUUUUUUUUUUUUUUUAUUUUUUUUUUUUUUUAAAUGGAUUGUUUUAAAACAAGCUAAAAAGGCUGGAUUACAAUUUGAGGAGAAUGUUAAAAAAAAAGAAGAUCUUUUUAAAAAUCAGGAUUCUGUCAGCACUGGGCGGCACUUAUUUAGUUUAUGCCCUUUUUUCCCCCCAAUGGGAAAGAAGUUUAGCAGAGUUUAAACCUUUCCAGGCAGUGCACCACCCUUGUUUUGUUUAUUUUUUUUAUUUUUUAUCCAAAAAAUACUUUGUUCAAAGUUUUGAGUAAGUUUCUAAGCGUUACAGCAGGUGGUGCAGUUGUUCAGAUUUGCACUUGUUCACUCUAAAUUAUUAACUCAUCCAUUACCCAGUGUUGACAAAGUUCCUGACAUGGGUUGCUCAAAUAAAUGGCCUCAUUUAAGGGUUGUGAAAACAUGAGGCUUAUUUCCUUUCCAGCCUUUUGCUUGUAACACUGACUUGUGAGGCACUCAGCAGAGUCCCCUAGCCUGGGUGACUCUAAACAUAGAGUAAUUUAAUAUUAUCAUCAUGUAAUAGUGCUACUCGCUGCAGUGCAGCUCAAAUUGGCAACGUGCAAAAAUGUUGAAUUUAUAAGCGAGAUGUGUAGCUGUUACAUGGGUCUGUGUUUUUCUGCCACUGGCACUAGGACAUGACUUUAAACAGACCGUUUGGGGUGGGAGGAUUGAAAAGCUUGGAUGUUCGCAUUGGAAAAAGGAAAAAUGGACAAAAAAAAAACAACUGGAUGCCAAGACUUCUAAACGAUGGACUGACAAUGUAGUGGCAGAGACAUGCAGUGCAUCGUGAGUCAGCAAGCUUUUCUUUUUGUAACAAGACCAUGUUCUUGAGAUGCUGCACAGACUUAACAGAAGAAUCUAAACCUUUGCAGUGUGGGCUGCACUUAAGUUUGAACUUUAGUUCAAGGGUUGGGCAAUAAUACGGGCUGCACAUGAUUUGGGAGCACUUCCUCGGUUAGGGCAGAGGUGUACAGACUGAAAGGGAGAUUUUUAGUUUUUUAUUUUGAGGAAGGAUUGUGGUAGGGACAAGGGUACUUAACACGGGCUCUGGGUAUUUCAUGGGUGCUGAUAACCAAAUUAUUUAUUUUUCUUUCGCAGCGGACUAUGUAUCCCCCUCUCCCAAACACUAAUAGCCUUUUUAUUUUAUUUUUUUUGGGGGGGGAUUGACGGGCUUGCUUGAGACACUUUAGCCCUUCCGCUGCUUCUUGAAUAAGUUACGCAGUUUGACCCAUGAUGUUUUGAGGGUCCCAACUUUAUGGGGUGGGAGGUUGGGAAGGAUACAUUUUUGCCUUUUUUGUGAUUUAUUGGCACAAAAUUUACUUAACUUUACGUUGGAGUUUAACAUCACCAACGUCCCCAUUUUAAAGUAAAGUACAGGUGAGAUGUUUUUAUUUUUAUUUUUUUAAACCGAUUGGCUCUGUCUACUGUGGCAUGUUGCUGUUAGUUUUCCCUAAUACAAUUAAAGUUUGUUCUAACUAUGGUUAGUUACCAAAUUCUGAGCAAAGGUUAUUUAUCCCAUAUUCUAGAAAAUGCAACAUUUUCCCAGUGACAUUGCUUGAAGCCAAACUUGUAUUCUCUUCUCUAUAGCACAUACCCCAUGGUGUGUACAUUAUGGCUGAACCGGUCUAAUCCCCUUUGGUUUCUUUUGGGGGAUUUGAAACAUCUGCCCAAAGAGAGGAGUAUAUGAGUUACUGGGCUCUUUGGCAGCAGCCCAGUGUUUUUCAGUAACCACUUGCCGUGAAAAUCACGGUUCGUUCCUGAGAUGCUGUAAAGCAGCAUGUGAUUGGAUGUGCUGUGGUCUUUGCCGUAGGUGGUUGGGGUUUUGAUUUAAUUUUAGGUUUUGUUUUCAUUCUAUUUGGAAGAAUGGGGUGGAGAACAUCUCACCUGUUUAAGAAGUUUUCCAAAGCAUACAAAAUUGUCAUCUUUAAAAUCCACUCAUUCUUCAAUGUAUUUUUUUUUUUUUUCUAAUUUAUUUUAUUAUAAUUUAGGUUUUUAUUUGGGUGGGUGGGAAGGUUUUAUUUUUUUGCGCUGCCCUGAUGUAUCUUUUCUUGACUCUUAACACUUUACCUUAUCUGUCUGUUCAGUGUUGGGAGUACAUGAAUACAUCAGUCUGGGUUAGAGGGAGGGAGGGAAAUGGAGAGAAUUGGUUUCAAAAAUUAUAAUAAACAAUUUGGGAGUUCAGGGUAAGGAAAAUUUGAUCUGUAAACUUUGCCCUUAAAUUUGAGUUGUGUUUUUUUUGGCUACUGCAGAUUAAAAUGACUGAACAAAUUUAAGAAAUCAAAUUUGUUUUUUUUUGUUUUUCCUUUUCAAUUUAGGCUAUUUCAAUUGGCUUUUUUCUCAGUGAUGCUACAAUUUUAAAGAUUUGAGAUGUGUGAAAAUGCAAUGGUUAACAUCUGUGAUGGUUUUGGUUUGAAAAUAAAGCUCACUGAAGUUC